UCAAAGUGUACCGUUGAAUCUACCCGAACUAGCGCCAUCUCGAAGCUCUCCAUAGAAACCUAUCGCAACAUCAUCUUAAGGCUGUCGCCUAUAAUCACAGCAUUUCAUCUGGCCUUUGACACGCCUUCACCACGGCUUCCACCGGCGUGCGACCCUUCGCGCGCGCUCUGCCGCCUCGAUUGGGCCAUAUCGUUUCAGACAUGGCUCACAAUGGCAAUGGCUCCGCUUAUGGCCAGAACAGCGCGCCUAUUCCGCCUUCUUCCGCCGCGAUUCGAUCAGAAAAUAGGUCAAAGCCAGACGAAUGGUGGUACACGGAAAACGGACGGUCUUAUGAUACUUUUCGGAGGGGGAAAUACAUGUUUCCAAUGGACGAGGGGGAGAUGGAUCGGAUGGAUAUAUUCCACCAAUUCUUUCUAGUAGCGCGAAGGGAGAACUCGAACUACGGAGGUCUAUGUCAGCGGCCGCUACCACACCACCCGCGAAUUCUCGAUCUAGGUUGUGGAACUGGUAUCUGGGUGAUCGACAUGGCCGAUCGCCAUCAGGGAAGAGCCAACAUACUUGGUUGGGAUCUCUCAUUAAUACAACCGCUAAGGAUUCCGCCAGGGGUCGAGUUUCAGCGGCGCGAUAUCGAGGAGCCCUGGACCGGUGUCGAGGAGGGUUCUUUCGACUUGAUUCAUAUGAAGAUGCUUGCGGGUUCUAUAGAAAAUUGGCUGGAUCUGUACGGCCGGAUACUGAGAUAUCUCAAACCCGGGACCGGGCUUUUUGAGCAUGUGGAGAUCGACUUCACGCCUAGGGCUGGACGGCCUAUAACGCCAAAUCCCAACACUGUUUCGAUGUUGCAACGCCUUGGCUAUGUUGACGUGGAGCAAGUUAUCAAGCGGGUUCCAUUCAACUCUUGGUCCGAAGAUGAGCAUGAAAAGGUCAUGAGUAAGUGGUUUAAUCUCGGGAUGACACAGGGGCUGCACGCCCUAUCCAUAGCUCCUUUAACCAGAAUGAACGGUUAUGAUCCGGAACAGGUUGCGGACUUGGUCACUAGGGUGCGGAAGGAAGUAUGCUCCCGCGGGAUGAGAGCUUACUGCACAAUGUAAGACCUCCUGCCGCUACCCGUUUGUAUGAAGCUGAUUUAGGAUGUAGGUAUAUUUGGACAGCAC